UAUUUCCAAAUUUCGACACAAAUCUGAUAAAAUUGAUCAUUCACUCUCUCCUUUGUCUCUGUGUUUCAGAAAACCCGCCUUUCUUACCGAUCCGCUCUCUCGCCGGACCCGAAUCGGAUCUUCCUACUCGAUCCAAUUCAAUUCUAAUCCCCUGGCACUCUCACUAUAACCAAAACCCUAAUCUUAAUCAAGCUGAAGAAGAUCCAAUCAGUCAAUCGAUCACUCACUGUUAGAUCCAAUUCUAUUGCUUAUCUCCGACCGAGUAGCUGUGUGAUCUCGUUGAUUGGAGAUAUUUUGAGCAGUGGUUGAAGUUUAGAUUUUGGGUUUGUUUAAGUUAAGUUGAAAAUGUCAGCUUCUGUGCCUCCGGGGGCACCUAGGCAACAACCGCCGCCGCCACCACCACCACAAUCUAAUUAUAACCAUAAUUAUCAGCAGAAUCCGAACUCUAUGUCGGAUAAUUUCCAAAAUCUUAACCUCAAUAGACCCAAUUUUAUGCCCAAUUCAGCUCCUAGACCUUCACCCUUUGGUCAACCGCCGCCUUUUCCUUCAUCUGCCCCAUCACAACCAGUGUCCCGCCCUGGUCAGCUGCCUCCCGGUGCAAUGCACAGACCUUCAGUGCCUCCGUCGGGAUCGCCCCCACCUACAUUGCCCCAAAAUGUUGCUCCGGGUAGACCUACCGGGCCACCAUUUGGUCAGCCUUCACCUUUUGGGUCAAGACCACCUCCUGGGUCGUUUCCUUCCUCUGGUGCGCCAUCUCAAGGACCUGUUGCACCGCCGUUUGGUGCUCGUCCUGGCCCUAUUGGAUUUUCUAAUGCACCUUCAUCUUUACCACCCACUUCAACAUCAUUGGGAGGGUUAGUUAAUAAUGGGCCACCUGGACCACCUUUCCUUGGUGGUCCGCGGUUUCCUCCAUCUGGAAGUGCUCCACAACAGCCGCCAAUGGGUCCUCCGCCUGCAAUGGGUGCUGGUAGGGCACCUUCUCAGGCACCAAGCAUGCGCCCCUUAAUAGGAAGUUUGGGGUUGAAUGCUCCACAGCAGCCUCCAUUUUCAGCAUCUAUUCAAGGAACACCAUCGUAUUCCAUGCCACCCCAAGGGAUGCCCUUCUCAGUGCCACCUCAAGGGAUGGCUCCACCUAUGGGUUCUCCUUUUGGACAACAAAUGCAAAGCCAACAAGUGGCUCCACCUCCAUCAAUUCCUGGCUCCACACAACCUCCUGGAAUGUUUGGAAUGCCACCUCCACCACCGCUACCUAAUCAAAUGACUGCUAUAUCUCCUGUUCUUGGCCAAACUGGAAGUGCCUUGGCCGGGUCAUCAAACAUUGAUCCAAAUCAAAUUCCACGGCCUACUCCAAGUUCCUCUGUGACACUGCAUGAUACUCGUCAAGCCAACCAGGCAAACCCACCUCCGCCUGCUACAAGUGAUUAUAUUGUUAGAGACACUGGGAAUUGCAGUCCACGUUACAUGAGGUGCACAAUCAAUCAGAUUCCAUGCACUGUUGAUCUUUUGAAUACAUCUGGAAUGCCGCUGGCUUUAUUGGUCCAACCUUUUGCUCUUCCGCAUCCAUCUGAGGAGCCUAUCCAGGUCGUGGAUUUUGGAGAAAGUGGUCCUAUUCGCUGUUCCCGUUGCAAAGGCUACAUAAAUCCUUUUAUGAAAUUCAUUGAUCAAGGAAGGCGUUUCAUCUGUAAUUUCUGUGGAUUUACGGAUGAGACUUCCCGUGACUACCACUGUAAUCUGGGACCAGAUGGUCGGCGCAGAGAUGCUGAUGAAAGGCCUGAGCUUUGCAGAGGAACUGUUGAAUUUGUCGCCACAAAAGAGUAUAUGGUGCGUGAACCCAUGCCAGUUGUCUAUUUCUUCCUUAUUGAUGUCUCUAUGCAUGCCAUACAAACUGGUGCAACUGCUGCGGCUUGCAGUUCAAUCAAUCAAGUUAUUGCUGAUCUUCCGGAAGGGCCUAGGACAAUGGUGGGAGUUGCAACAUUUGAUUCUACCAUUCAUUUUUAUAAUUUGAAACGUGCAUUACAGCAGCCGUUGAUGUUGAUUGUUCCUGAUAUACAAGAUGUAUAUACACCUUUAGAAACUGAUGUUAUUGUUCCGCUUUCUGAGUGUCGUCAACAUUUAGAGCUAUUACUGGAAAGCAUUCCUAGCAUGUUUCAGAAUAGUAAAACAGCUGAAUCAGCCUUUGGUGCUGCCAUCAAGGCAACUUUCUUAGCAAUGAAGAGCACCGGAGGGAAGCUUUUGGCAUUUCAAUCAGUGCUUCCGUCUGUUGGCAUUGGAGCUCUAUCUGCUAGAGAGGCUGAGGGGAGAAGUAAUAUUUCUGCUGGUGAGAAGGAGGCCCCCAAAUUACUUCAGCCAGCCGAUAAAACUUUGAAAGAAAUGGCAAUUGAAUUUGCUGAGGCUCAGGUCUGCGUUGACAUAUUUAUCACUACCCAGACAUAUGUGGACAUUGCUUCCAUUUCUGUUAUUCCCAAGACAACUGGAGGACAGGUGUAUUAUUAUUAUCCCUUCUCAGCUCUUUCUGACCCUCCAAAGCUUUACAAUGAUCUUAGAUGGAAUGUCACAAGGCCUCAAGGUUUUGAGGCAGUGAUGCGUGUGAGAUGCAGCCAGGGCAUUCAAAUUCAACAAUACCAUGGAAACUUUUGUAAGCGUGUUCCAACAGAUGUUGACCUACCUGGGAUAGAUAGUGACAAAACUAUUAUGGUGACAUUGAAACAUGAUGAUAAAUUGCAGGAUGGCUCUGAGUGUGCCUUUCAGUGUGCCCUCCUUUACACCACAGUGUAUGGCCAACGAAGAAUCCGUGUUACAACUCUGUCACUGCCAUGCACAAAUAAUCUAAGUAAUUUGUUUCGCAUGGCAGACUUGGACACUCAAUUUGUGUGCUUUUUGAAGCAAGCGGCAAAUGACAUUCCUUCUGCUCCUCCUUUGGAUGUCCGGGAACAAGUUACAAACUUCUGUAUAAACAUUCUGCUUGCAUAUCGUAAAUUUUGUGCCACAGUAUCAUCAUCAGGACAACUAAUUCUGCCAGAGGCACUGAAACUUCUGCCUCUUUACACCCUUGCAUUGAUUAAAAGUACAGGAUUGCGGAUUGAUGGGAGAUUAGAUGAACGGUCUUCUUGGAUCUGCUAUCUAAACUCAGUUUCUAUUCCAUUAGCAAUUCCAUUGGUGCACCCAAGGAUGAUUUCUAUCCAUGACCUUGAUAGACAGGAAGGAAAUGAGUCUCUUAUUCCUAAUGCGCUUCCACUUUCUAGUGAACAUGUGAAUGAUGAUGGAGUUUAUCUUCUUGAAAACGGUCAAGAAGGUUUAAUAUACAUUGGGAGCGCAGUGGAUUCGAAUAUCUUGCAACAACUGUUUGGUAUUCCCUCUUUUGAAGAAAUCCCGACUCAGUUUGUCCUGCAGCAAUAUGAUAAUCCUUUAUCAAAGAAGUUUAAUGAUGUUGUAAAUGCGAUACGCGGCCAAAGAUGUUCUUUCUUGCGCUUCAAGUUGUGCAAGAAAGGAGAUCCAUCAGGAAUGGCAUUCUUCGCAUAUUUGAUCGAGGACAAAGUUCCAACAGGCGGUCUGUCUUAUGUUGAAUUUCUUGUGCACGUCUAUCGGCAAAUCCGAACGAAAAUGUCUUCUUAAUUUCAUGCACCAUCAGUUCCUGAGUUUCCAGUGAUCCCGUCUCUGAUAGAACUGGAUUUCAAAGAAAAGAACACAGAUUUAUACUUGAAAUGACUUGCAGAGCUUGGGACGCACAUUAUUUAUUGUAGAGAACAUGCCCGGCAUGAAUUUUGGAUGAGAGUUAUGUUAGCAUGGUUCUGUAUUUAUAGUGGUGGAUGAUGUAAUAAUUUCCCCUUUCUGUUGUUUUCCCCUCAUCCCCAUACUCACUGCUUUCUCCGCUUUGCUCCAUUUGCAAUACCGCUAAGGUGAAGCAUACAAGGGAUUUGGCGGACAAGAAGCAGUUUGUGAAUUGUGGAACAAAAAAUAGAAUAAUGUCUUAUUUUGUAGUUUUUUGGACAUUUCUUGAAUUGUGUACAUUUAGUAUAUGGUGAUUCAAAUGAAAAUAUACUAUUUUUGCUUUUA